AUGACCUACAUUGAGGUAAGCAAACUGUUAGUACAAUAUUUUUCGCAAAAGAGCAAUGUGGCUAGAGUGCGUGCUGCUACGAUUAUUUUUUACACCUUCGAAACACUGGUGAAUUAUUUUCAUUUAUACAAUCUUGUUACAAACGACGAAUGGAGUCAUUCUCAGAUACACGUGGCUUUUUCCUGUUCUCUGUGGUUGAUUUUGCUGAAGGUGGAGCUAUUUACUAUCGCCACAGUUUGUUCUUCGAUUCAAGCAACGGGAAAUUCGAUAGGAACCAUUCUUCAUAGAAUUUGGAUUCGAUACCAUCCAACCCAGUUAAAAAAUGAGAUUCAGAUGUUCUCUCUACAGUUACUCCAAAGACCACUCCGCAUAUCUGCUUUCGGAUUUUUUUCACUGGAUUAUUCUUACCUGUACAAGAUAUUCAGCGCUGUGGUGGCCUACUUUGUAAUCAUGGUGCAACUAGAUACUUCUAAAGCGCGCUCUAUUUCCACCCCCAAUAGCACCGAGUGGAAUGGAACGGACAUGAAUUAG